AUGGCUACUAAGCAAUACAAAGCAACAAGAGAAUUCAGAUUAAACUCUUCCCAGAGUAUCGAGUGAUCUCAGGAGAAGACCCUUUGCCAAGAUAAGUUCUGUAGCAUUUCUGAAAGUGUCUCAAGAAGUAUUUAUUCAGUUACUCAAGAGAAUGAAAAGAGAACCUCUUCGAAAGAAUGUUCAAAUGACGACAUCAGUCUAUUGGUGAAUCAGUGCUCUACACAAGCGGUGGCUUCAGGAGAUGAGGGGUUUCACUCCCUUGCAUUUAUUAAUAAGAAAUUGAAUGAAGAAAACAAGACCUGUCUUACUCAUGCCAACUCUUUGCAAUGCAAUAGCCUUAUUGGAGAAGACUCCAGCAAGCAUGCAGGUGGUGGUUUUAGUGACAAGACACUUCAGAAACAAGGAAAUAGCAGUCAGGACUACGUACAGGCAAUCUUUGGCCAGCAAUUUGCAGAUUACCUAUCAAGAUAUGCCCUUGAAGUGCAUGCUUUGAUUUCAGAUUAUUAUUCCUCCACUUCCGAGAUGAUUUGUUUAGGAAACUAUAAGCAGUUGUCUUUGCCAAAUACAAGUCUAGAGGAAUUGGUGGUGAAACUGCGAGAACGAGUUAUAGAUGACUCUCAGAGCGACAUUUUCUCAUUCUCUCUCACCCGGUCCAGCUUUGCUAGUACUCUAAGGUUAGUAUUUGAAAAGGUUACUGGGAAGCCCCUCAUCGUUGGCCAGAAUGAAACUAUAUGCAUGUGGUUAUAGACUUGGAGAAUGAAGAGGACAGAGAGUUCCUGACUGCUGUUGGGGAUAUCAAAUUCCCUACUAUUGAUACUAUCAUUAUUGAUAAUUUUUACGAGGGUGAUGAAGAGCUUGAAACAUUCCUUUCACAAAGUAUUUCAAGUGUUAAUAACCUCAUCUUGAGGGCUGAUGGCUACUGCGUAGACUUCCAUGAUUACUGUGAAAAGCUGCAAGAGCUUGACUUUAUCAAAUGCCUGUAUCUCAAGGGAUUUUUGAUAGAUAGCGAAGAUCUUGAGCAAGUUCUCAAAUUUCCCGAUUUAGAAAAAGUUGUAUUUGAGUCUUGAAAAAUUGAAGUUGAUGAGCAUUUCUGCAUCUGUGAAGACAAUGAACUUGAAAAUCGAUUAGUUCUAAAGUCAUUGCACUUCAUCAGAGAUGAAAUGGAAGAGGAAGAUAUGAAAAGACUAGCAGAAUCUAUUAAACAGAGUUCUUGAGAGUAUUCUUUUGAAUCAAUCACAGUGCUAAACUGAGCUCUGAGUCAAGAGCAAAUAGACUCCAUCUUUAAUUAAUUUUAUAUUUGAAUAAUUGC